AUGGGAAUGUUCUACGAUGACGGAGUCUCCUUUGUGGGAGUCCACGCACUGAGCCGUGAGCUGGCUUUUCUAAUCGGGGCUACCAGGGAUAACGGAAGCUACAAGGGAUGCGCAAUAAAGGACGGAUUUUUGACAGGCCCGCUUGACGACUCUACAAGCUUUCGCCUUUCUACGUGCGCUAAGGUAGCUGUUCGAAGGUUUUUUCUCAAUAACUCUAGGCAUAACUGCUGGAAUGAUACGCCAACACCGAUAAUGCACAAUAACUGGACACUCCCAAGCAAGUGCCUUGAAGACUCUCUACACGAAGGGCGAGUCGAUUUAUGCGCUGCUCGCCUAUUUUAUCUUCCCUUCAUUGUAUCAUGCAAGAAUUAUAGUUCUCACCGAAGGUCCCGAAAGUGUAGGGUGGACCCGUCUUGCUGCGACAAAGACACUCAUGAGUUAACUGAUUACGUAAAGGAACCUGACGGAAGAGCUUGUGGACACCUCAUGAGUAAAAAUAAGAUGUGUAUUCACGGAGAAUGCGUAAUGUUCUCCUAA